GCCACGCACAUAAAUAUGCUUCAGAAUGUUCUUAAAAUAACAAUCUCACUCACUAAAUUCUUUUUGCUAUUGGCUUUGGCCCUUGUAGGCAUUGCUGCUGGAGCUCAGCUGCCAGACUCCGCCACCCAGGGACCCAAUCCUCAGGAUAUUGCCACUCCGGAGCCGGAGUACAUUGAUAUCGACGAGCCCGCACCCGCUGCUGCCCCUGCUUCUCGUCCUGUGGCCGCUGCUCCCCGUCCCGUCUUCGCCGCCCCCGCUCCCCUCGCUCGACCAGUGGUUCGUCCUGUGGCUCGUCCUGUGGCCGUGGCCCAAUCCUUCGUCCAGCUGCCCGUCCAGCAGCAGAUUGUCCAGAGGGCUCAAUUCGUUGCGCCGGUGGCUCAACAGGUGGUGUUGCCGCAGCAGCAGCUGGUGGGACACACCUACAGCGGCAGGGCUGGAUACCAGUACCGCCGUCCAGUCUAUCAUUAACUACGACCUAAAUCAACACACACAUUACCACGCACUGAUCCCCACUAUCAAUCUAUCCAACUAUCGAAAUAUCGUAUUAUAAUUAUCCUAAUCCUAGAACGAAACCAUCAAAGAAACGCCCAACAAGAACAAGCCAAGA